AUGAAUCGACUUCUUCGCUUCGGGUUGGUUAUCAAAAACCUAGUUACACUCUCCACACCAAACAAUCUGAACCGUAUAAACAAAGUCAGUCGAUUCUCUACCACUACAAUAUACAGGCAACCAACUCCUCCUUCCUCGUUCACCGCAAAAGGGUCUAUUCCAGCGUGGGACGAACACGAUCAUCCAACGGUAGAACGCCCCAAAGAUGGCAUAUCCCUAGAAAACUGGCACAAAGGCAUCUACAGUCGGUAUAUCGACUCCAAGCUUGGAGAUGGAGGACCAGCGGAGCACUUGAAGCAUCUUCAGAAAAUGCACAAGCGGCUGCUUCUCAUAUGCGAAACACUCGACCAAGAGAUUGCGGCCUGUAAGAAAGAAGGAGACAAGGAUCACGAAGCUAUAGUUCAGAAUUAUAACAAGUAUGCGAAGUGGAGUGAGGAGGUGAUAUCGGAUCGCCUUGCUGAGGUUAAGAAGUAUGUGGACGGAUUGAAGGGGCGUUGAUAUUG